CCCUGGGAAUGUAUCCCAGAAGCAAGGCAAGAUAAUGUUAAGAAAUGUUAUUGUUCUUUUUUGCACUCUUACAGUGCUUGCCUUUGCUGUUGGACAUGAAGGUUACUCGGCACUUCAUGUGUACAUAUUGGUGUUGUGCUCUGUUGCACUGGUGCUUUCAGUGGGAUUGUGUGUUCCGGUUUUCAACAAGUUGAGAAAGAAAGUUACUAACAGGAAAUCCAUGACGAUGUAUGCUUUGCUAACUCUUUGUCCAAACAUCUGCAUCUGUGUUGCUUUUGGAUUGUGGUCAUCAGAAGGGAGUUUCUCAGAGAUCGUCGCUUGUUCAGCUGUCAGUAUUGGACGGCCCAUAAUGCUGUUAAAGACCGCACCUUAUCUUGACAGAUUACCCGAGCGUGUGCAGAAAUAUGUGAAAGCUUUGGCUGUACCGCUUUACUACUUGAUUCUAGCAGUGGCUUCAUGUUCACCUGUUUUUGAUCUGAAUAUAUUUUCGACUGUGUGCCUUGAAACCUUCAGUGGCGCUUUGCUUGCUCUUUUCAUCCAUCAAUCUAGUAAUGAAAAUAUAGACCUUUGUGCAAUCCCUAUUGUGAACAAUCCAUGCAUCAACAAAAUACCGAUAGUUGCAACAUUGCCACCUCUCAUCAUGGCACUGAUGAUGAUUCUGUUUUUUCAAAAGCAUUACUUUCAGCGAAAACCUUUCGGGUGUCUGCAUAUUGCUGUGGCAUCUGUUUUUGUGAUUUUGUUCAGCCUGCUGGAUAUAUCAUUUUUUGUGCUCAUGGGAUUUAUCUUUCACGAUUUUAACCCAGUAUGGAUAUUUCCAGUUGAGUCGGUAAGCUAUAUCAUUGCGUGGCUAGCAGUGAUUGCUCUGGUGUGAAGUCAACGACAAGGAUGUUGCUUCCAAUGGAGAGGGCUUGGAUGUAAGUAUGGUUCUCUCUAAUAAUAUUUUCAUUCAUGAGAUUUACAAAUCCUCAGGAACUUUGACAGGGUGCCCACAUUUCACAUAUAAAUGAACAAAUUCUGAAAUGUAGUAUAAUAUUAUGCAUAAGAUUAUGCAACUUCUCACAGAAUAUACAGAGAAUAAGGUGGUGUAAAUUACUAGUAAUCAUUUGAAAAUAUUCCUUAUAAAUGGCUGGUGUAGAACUGCUUUUGUUUUAAAGCUAGUUCUAACGAUAUCAAAUGUGUGGAGGUAAGAGAAGAUGAGGGCUGUGUGGUUUUGCUUGCUACGAGAAAAUCCUGAUAAAUGCACUAGAAUGUGGUGCUAUUUAGUUGUAGCCUGCUCACCUGCGCUGCAGUUGCAAUUGCACAAAGGCACGAAAUGGCAGUUAACCCAAUUCUAUACCUCAAUCCAAAUAUCUUCUACUAGAAGUCCGACUACAGCACCACAGCAGUUUCACCAAGGCAAGUAUUAACAACAUCCCAACAAGGAUAUUAGGUGACACAAACCUGUUACUAUUAAAUAGAAGGCAGACAAGAAGCGUGAGUACAGUUCCAAAUACGACCUUUAUUUAUACAUCUAAUAAUAACAAUAUUAAAACAGUUUGGCCACACUGUUAUAUAUUACUUAUCCCUAGGGGGAACACACACCCACCAACACAAAAGCAGUUGACAAACAGACUGAAGCGUAUGCAAUAUGUAAAAUAUUCGCCUUGCGGCUCAGCCUUGCGACUCAGCUCUUUUUUCACCACAACAGACCGGUAUAUCGACUGCAUCACUGCAGAAGUUACACCGAUCUGCCUGUCGAUCUCCUGCUCCAUCCUUCCUUCACUCGUUAACAAGACAAGGGUAUAGAGAUGGUCCAGUGUUUCACAGCUGGGACAAAACCCGCAUUGUUCCUCCUGAAUCCGAGGUUCAACUAUCAGCCGAACUCUCCUCUCCAGUAUCCUGGCAUAGACGUUUCAACCAGGCUCGAUAGGACUCGUUCUUCAGCUUGAUGGCAUCCCUUACUUCCGGGGUCCACCACCGGGUUCGAAGAUUGCCACCACUACAUGCACCAGACACCUUACGGCCACAUCUCCGAGCGGCUGCAUCGACAAUGGAGGUGGAGAACAUGGUCCACUCGGACUCGAUGUCUCCAUCCUCCCUCAGGAUCUGGUUGAAGCUCUGCUGGAGACUCUGACACACGUUCCCAGCAGACCUUCACAGCACAUUUGGGUCUGCCAAGUCUGUCCAAACUCCUCCCCUGCCAUCGAACCCAACUCACCACCAGGUGGUGAUCAGUUGACAGCUCCGCCCCUCUCUUUACCCGAGUGUCCAAGACAUACGGCCAGAGGUCAGAUGAAACAACCACAAAGUCGAUCAUCGACCUCUGUCCUAGGGUGUCCAGGUGCCACGUGUACUCAUGGACACCCUUAUGCUUGAACAUGGUGUUCGUUAUGGACAAACUGUGACUGGCACAGAAGUCCAAUAACAGAACACCACUCGAGUUCAGGUCAGGGGGGCCAUUCCUCCCAAUCACGCACCUCCAGAUGUCACUGCCCACAUGAGCGUUGAAGUCCCCCAGUAGAACGACGGAGUCCCGGUCAGAGCACUUUCCAGCAGCCCUCCCAGAGACGCUAAGAAGGUCGGUGCUUUACACUGCCAUUUGGCCCAUAAGCACAAAUAACAGUGAGAGAUCUAUCCCCGAUCUUAAGGCACAGGGAAACGACCCUCUCGUUCACUGGGGUGAACUCCAACACAUGGCAGCUGAGCUGGGGGCUAUGAGCAAGCCCACACUAGCCCGCCGCCUCUCACUGCGGGCAACUCCAGAGUAUUGUUGAUGUCCAGAUGUUGAUGUCCACCAAUGUUUAGAAGCUCGUUGAUUCCAGCCGCUCUCGAGGAGUUGGGUUCCAGAGCCCAAGCUGUGCGUGCAGGCGAGCCUAACAAUCUCUAGUCGGUAUCUCUCAGCCUCCUGCACCAGCUCAGGCUCCUUCCCCCAGUGAGGUGACAUUCCA